AUGACCACUUCGCUGGGAGGAGCCGGCGAUGCUCGAGAUAAAAGCAAUCGUGGGAGCAACAAGGCAGACCUUCUAUUAGAUCCAUCGGACGCUCACCCAAAUUCACCCCAGCUCAAGUCGGCCUCACUGUCUGCCGAGACCUACAAUGUCAAGGCCACCGGUUUAGCCAUACAUCCUCCGACCGUACCCCAGAAUAUCCUUGACGCUGCUCCAAAAACCGGCGGCUUGCUGGCUGCUGCUUUGGCUGAGGUCCUGAGCCCAUCAGCUCCGAGCACCACCGAUACUUCAAUGAAUAGGGUAGCCGAAGCGCCCCAUUCUGAUAUGAGUGCAAAGGACAGCAGUGACUCUCUCGCUCGGAGGCUCGCUGCGCUCUCCAACUCACAGCAAAGCGCAGCAGGAAGAGAGGAAUCGACCCUUCGCCCACCUACAAAGUCACCAUGUUACUUUCACCAGCGGUUCGACGAUGCAGUUAAUAUUGAACGAGUGCUUGAUGAAGUGGUUAGCGACGAAUGGAUGUCACACUCCCGGUUGAUGCAGACCGCCACGGGGGUGCGUGAAGUGUCAAGACACUUACAAAGGCGGUCCAUGAAACUAGCCGUCCGGAAUGUCAUGAUUGUUACAAAGGCACGGGAUAAUAGCCUUGUAUACCUCACCCGCGAAUUGGCUGAAUGGCUGCUCAGUACGCCGAGAUAUGGUAGUGACCUAGGCGUCAAUGUCUAUGUAGAUGCAAAACUGCGUCUGUCGAAGCGUUUUGACGCCCAUGGUUUACUGGGCGGUGAUCCACGGUUCGAGCAUAUGCUCAAAUACUGGACUCCAGAUCUCUGCUGGUCACACCCCGAGAAAUUUGACCUGGUAAUCACUCUAGGUGGCGAUGGAACGGUCUUGUUUACCUCCUGGCUAUUCCAGCGGGUUGUGCCUCCAAUACUGUCCUUUUCUCUGGGAAGUCUAGGCUUCUUGACAAACUUUGAAUUCUCCAAAUAUAAAGAGCAUCUGAACCAGAUAAUGGGAGAUGUAGGAAUGCGCGUUAAUCUCCGCAUGAGAUUUACAUGUACGGUGUACAGAGCCAAUACAAUGAAUGGAAACAAGGAUGCUCCAGCAGAGGAGAUCGGACGGUUCGAGGUUGUUAACGAACUUGUCAUUGACCGCGGACCGUCUCCUUACGUCUCUAAUCUAGAGGUUUACGGAGAUGAUGAGCUUCUCACAGUCGUCCAGGCAGAUGGCUGCAUCUUCUCGACACCAACGGGUAUGAAUUCAUCCACCCAUGACGGACACAUACGUACCAAGACACUAAUUCAUCAUUCUCCAGGUUCAACCGCCUAUUCCCUUUCAGCAGGCGGAUCUCUAAUUCAUCCCUCCAUCCCAGCCAUUCUUCUAACACCCAUCUGCCCACAUACUCUCUCCUUCCGCCCUAUGGUUCUCUCUGACACCCUUCUGCUCCGCGUUGCCGUUCCCCGUCACUCACGCUCCUCAGCCUACUGCUCCUUUGACGGCAAGGGCCGCAUAGAGCUACGACGCGGUGACUAUGUAACUGUAGAAGCAAGUCAAUACCCAUUCCCAACCGUCGUCUCACAGAAAGGAGAAUGGUUCCAGAGUGUCCGCCGUUCCUUACGUUGGAACGUAAGGGGAGCAGUUCAAAAGGGCUGGAACGGCAGAGAAGACUGCCCGGACAGCGAGGUUAAUGAUCUCCAUUCUGCGGCUGACAUAGCUGCUGACUUUGGGGAUGGCUAUGAGAAUGAACAAGAUGCAGAUUGGGACAUCGAUACUGAUACCAAUACUGAUAUUGGCCAAGGAGCCGACAGUGGCCUUGGACAGAGUGAAUGCGGCGACUCUCCUAACACAGGGAGUAGUAGCCCUAUUCACAGAGUGAUGAGUCUGCUAAACAUCUGA